AUGGAUCUGCACAUACUUCCAAGGCUAUUUGUGGUCUGGCUCUGGUUUUUCACCUGGGUAGAGGCGACUGAUGAUCCCAACGUAUGUCCAGAGGUGAAGAUCGUAGGUCUUUCUGGCAAUGAAAGGCCUGCCAUUUUGCAAGGGUGCCCUGGUAUCCCUGGAGCAGCAGGAAGCCAUGGAGAAAAGGGGGAACCUGAACCACCUGGCCUAAAAGGUGACAUGGGAGCACCUGGGAAGCAAGGACCAAAAGGUCCAGGGAACUGCAAGGAGCUCCAGAGCAAGGGGGAGCUCUUGAGUGGCUGGCACACCACCUGUCUGCAAGACUGCAGGUCGCUGAUCCUCUGUGACAUGGGCACCAACGGAGGGGGCUGGCGAGUGUUUCAGAGGCGAUGGGAUGGCUAGGUUGAUUUCUACUGCACCUGGAGUGCCUACAAGAAAGAAUUUGGGAACCACUUGUCAGAAUUCUGGCUGGGCAAUGACAACAUACUGCAUCUUCUCACACAGGAGGGAGUGCAUGAGCUCCGGGUGGACCUGGUAGACUUUGACCACCAAAAAAGCUUUGCUUAUUAUCAGUCCUUCCGGCUCCUCCAGGGAGAAGAGGAGAACUACCGGCUUGCCCUGGGGGCAUUUUUGAAGGCUCUGCAGGUGAGGAACUUCAUUGCUGGGUUCACCUUAGAUGUACUUGGUGCCGCUGCGAUGGACAUGAUCCGGGGCUGGGAAUCUUUGCUUGGUGCAGCAACCGCACAAGAAAGGGCUGCCAGGUGGUAUUUGAACUGCUGCCACUCAAACCUGAACAGCGGCUACCCAGUUGGAGAUCAGAAGGGCCGGCGGCAUGGCAUCGGCUGGGCCACAGGCGAGGGAGAUGGCAAGUCCUGCACACACGCCGAGAUAAAGAUCCGUUGA